GUCACACAGGCGUCAAUUUCGGUAAUAUUUCGUUUCACCGCGCAAAACUUAUGAACGAAAAUAAACAAAAGGCGGUCUCAAGACAAUUUUAUGAGUUGUCUCCCAAUUUUUACAAUUAAUGCUCACCAACGUGUUUCACCAAAAAUGCAAAAUUUUCCAAUUGAUGAUGUGAGUGCAACAGGUCUCCUACACAAGCUGUGCUCCAGAAUAACUCGAAAGAAAGGAGAUGAUGUACUGCCCUUCUUCCACCGAGCUCUUCUGCAGCUCUCCAGUGCUGAUGGAGUGGCCAAGAAGGAGUACAACAUGUUCAUCAUUGGUGAGCAGAUCAAGAAACUGCUCGCCAAAAAUGGAAGAGAGCGAGAUGCUGUGGCAUUUGGUGAUCUCUUCAGAAGACUUCAGCAUAGUCGCGUGCUGAAGAGCCAGGCAUCGGUGCUGUGUUUCCUGCUGCACCUCAGUCGGCUGGAGACGGACCAUGCUGAGCCAGCUGUGUUCCAGCGCCUGACUCCCGUCACCUCCCUGCCAGCAGUGGCGCGCUCAGCUCGGUCGGAGGCCCGACACACGUCCGCAGCCACCAGCGGGUUCGUCUCGUCAUCUGACCUGACUUCGGCACCUUCACUGUUGCCUGUCGGCGACCAGAGCAAAGGCGGAGCCACCCUUGCGGUGGGGAACGGGACCAGGGGCGGCGGCGGUCAGCCGGGUACCAACGGCCUGCCACACAAGCCCAAACCGCCGCUCUUCACCACCCGCUGCGAGCUCUCGGAGACGGUGCUGCUGCGGGAGGUCCUGUAUGCAUUCCAGGGGGUCGAGGGCAAGUACCUCAAGUCAGACGCCAAGCGCGACCACAUCUCCAUCGACCCAAAGGUGACCAUCAGCCCGAGUGUUCGGUGCACGGUGCUCCGGCUGGUGGAGCUCGGCUGGCUCCACAGCCGCGUGCGCCUCUUCUGUCGCUCGGUAGCCGCUCGGCCCGACGCCGGCCUGCUCGCGCAGAGCCUGGCCUCUGUGCUCCGCGAGCAGCUCGAGCAGUUCUACCGGCUGAUCGCGCUCAUGGAGGCGCAGCUCUCUGGAGGGGAGAUGGACGGCGAGCGUCUCACCCUCCGACGGCUGAACGUGUGGACGCUCGACCCCUUCUUCCAAAUGCGCUUCUUGGCGUCGCUGACGGAUGCGUGCGGCGGUGAGACGGGCGGCGCUCUGGCCUCGGUGCUACACCGGCACCUGAGUCACGGUGACCCGGCCCUGGUGGCUACUGUUCGACACCUGCUCAGCAAGACGUGUGAGCCGCUGUUUGUGAUGCUCAGUCAGUGGAUGUUUGACGGUGAGCUGGAGGACCGGCACAGUGAGCUGUUUAUUGCCGCCGAUCCGUCCGUCACAGACGACCGGCUCUGGCACGACAAGUACCAACUCAGGGACUCUCAGAUCCCCAGUUUUUUGACGGUGGAACAGGCCCGUCAGAUACUGGCCACCGGGAAGAGUAUCAACUUUCUGCGCCAGGUGUGCAGGGACGACAGCGGCAUCCGCGGCAUCGAGUCCCUCCGCGCCACCUUCGACGCCAUCAACGUGGAGGCGCUGUACCAGGAGGGCGGUACCGGCGAGCUCAGUACCACCAUCACCUCGGUGUACCGCGAGACGGCCCGGCAUGUGCUGGACACCAUGUGUCAGAAGUACCAGUUCCUGGAGAACCUGCAGGCCAUCCGGCGCUACCUGCUGCUCGGCCAGGGCGACUUCAUCCGCCACCUGCUCGAGCUCAUUGAACCUGAGCUGUGCAAGCCGGCCACGACGCUGUACCCGCACAACCUGAACGGUAUCCUGGAGUCUGCGAUCCGCGCCACAAACGCUCAGUACGAGGAGGCGGACGUGCUGAAGCGGUUGGAUGUGAUGCUGCUGAGCGUGUCACCCGGGGACACGGGAUGGGACGUGUUCAGCCUCGACUACCACACGGACGGACCCAUCCGCACGAUUUUCACGCCCCACUGCAUGACCAACUACCUGAUGCUGUUCAACGCGCUGUGGCGGGCCAAGCGGAUGGAGUUUGUACUGUCCGGCGUGUGGAAACGACAGACGCUGCUCGCCAAAAUGACCAGAAGUCUGACGGAGACCAGUGUGGUGCUGCACCUGUGUGACGUGCUGACCUCACAGAUGGUCCACUUCAUCCACCAGCUGGCCUACUACAUCACAUUCGAGGUGAUGGAGUGCUCGUGGGCGGACCUGACCACCAAGGUGAAGCGCGCCGCCAGUCUGGACGAGGUGAUCGGAGCGCACACCGAGUUCCUCAGCACCAUCAUGUCGCGGGCGCUCAUGGACGACCGGUCACAGGACAUGCUGCACCAGCUGCGGGUCAUCUACGACCUGAUCCUGCAGUUCCAGAUCCUGCAGGAGCGGCUGUUUAACCGGGUGGAGGAGGAGCUGACGCGCCGCGCCCAGUACGCCGCGCAGAUCUCCGCGCGGACCAAGGCCGGCCAGUACGGGGCGACCUCUGCUGACGAGGCGGCUGAGACGGAGCGACGCAGGGAGUUCUGCAAGGCGUUCCUGCCGGCCACCAAGGCGCAGCUGCAGAACCUGACACAGGGCUAUCAGAACAUGGUGCUCGGCUUCCUGAUGAUGCUGUCCUCUCAGGAGGACCUGAGCCUGCAGUACCUGAGCUUCCGUCUCGACUUCAACGAGCACUACCGCAGCAAAGACUCGCGUCUGUCACUGCCACUCACUUACCACCAUCGGCGUAUGAGCGGCAUCGGAGUACGACUCUAGGUUAGACCGUGAGCGGUGGGCUCCCUGUGGAAGGGGACGAGCUGAUUGAGGGGUCGGAAUGUGGGAAGGGAUGUCGCGAUGGCGAAGAUGGAGCAUCAUGUGCUUGGAGAUUCGUCAGGUCACACAGGCUGGUCUCUGUGACAAGAUUUUCUCGCUGCAGCCGACCUAUGGUAUGUUGGUAGGAAGUCUCAAGACAGCCACCUUUUAGCCAUGUUCGUUAUAACCUAGUGAGCGCUCAGCAGUGUUCAAGGUUGGAGACGGUCGCAGUGGACGUGUAAAUCCAUCGACAAUUUACCGCCGUACUGCCAUAGUUUCAGCCUUCAGCCAGCCAUAGCUUCAGCCUUAGUCGCGAGCGCUGCCUGGUACAGCGCGUCGCGCGGCACGCAGCUAGCCAUGACUUGUUACAAAGCUUUCGGGCGGCGCCUGUGUAGGAGGCGUGAGCCACGCGUCGUCACGUGACGGCGAUGCUGGUGGCAGAUGUGUCUGCCCUGUUCGGAGGUGAGCGGUCCAGCUAACGCUAACACCGACUGACGUAUAAUGUAGCGCGCUGUCGCGUAUUUGUGAGAUCGGUCGACCUGCCGGGUGUCUCCGGCGGGCCGGCUGGAGCCAGUCAUUCCCUGUUCGCAGCUCUGUCGGCUCGAGCUCUGUAGUCUGAGAGGGCCCACAAGGGCGCGGAGUUGAGUUGACGUGUCUGAGUUAGCCGUGUCUGGUGUCGUGAGCUGGACAGUAGCAGCCGCAGAGUGUGAGUUAGCCGAGAGUUGAGUAUGAGUUAGCUGAGAGUUGAGUGCGAGGUAGCUGAGAGUUGAGUGCGAGGUAGCUGAGAGUUAAGUAUGAGCUAGCUGAGGGAUGGGUGUGAAUUUGCUUGAGUUCGGGCUAUUGUCCGAACGACGUCAAGUGUCAUGUAAUCGCCAUGCUCGUGGGGUGGGUCGGUACAAGGCAUUAACCCGCUCGCUCAUUGUCUUCACAUGUGACUGUGACUAUGCCAUCCAUUGUGACUAGAGGCCAAAUAUAACACAAUCAACUACUCACUA